AUGACUAGUUACACUGUCACUAAAAGCAAUCGUUCCCAAAAUCCUGAAGUCAGUAUAAUUGAGUUGAAGAGCUCAUUGAUUAAUGAAGAUAUUUCUAGAAUUGGUUUGGGAACUAAUGAUAAAGUAAAUAGAGCCUUUUCUAUGUUUAAAGGCUCUAAUCUAAUUAUUCAAUUUUUGACAUUAUGCAUUACAGUCUACAUUGCAUACCGGAAUCCACAUAUACUUUUAUUGAAUUCAGAAUUAUUAAUAGCAUUCAUGACUGUAUUAUUUGUUUGUCUAAUUACGAUUUUGUUGACAUUUAAUAAAACAGAAUUAAAGUUUGAUAUGAUUUAUUUGAUAUAUUUAUCAUUACUGGUAUCAGUGGUAUUUUACAAUCAUAGUAUAAUCAAUAUAGAGGCCUCGAUAUCUAAUGUGAUAAUUAAUUUGGUACUGACAACCAAUAUUAUGGAGAGCUUAUAUGUUGUUAAAUUACUCAUACAGUCCCUUUUAUUCAUUCUAAUAAACUCUUUUGAAAAUUAUAACGAUAUUAACUCCAACAAUAAGUUUACUCAGUUAUUAGGUGCAAGCGUAACCAAUUUUGUAUUUAGCAAAGCAUUAGCAAAAAUCGGUGGACUAAGAAGUUUAGAUAUAGUUGACUGUAACAUAUUCAGCUUAUUAUUAACUAAUGUCUUAUAUUUGAACAGGAUUCAUGAAGAUUCAACGAUACCAUUUAUGGUUUUAUCACAAUGCCUUUUAGCUUUUCUAACAGUUAUUCUAAUAAACUACGUUAUAGAAACUCGACUAAUUUCAUCAUACCGCCCUUAUGUCAGAUCAUUUGUUUGUUUAGGGAAUAUUUUAAUAGUACUACCAUUUCUAGUGAAAUACUCUUUGAUUAUCGAUGGACAUGAUCCAUUAGAAUGGUUGAUUAGUUUUGUUUUGGAAUCAAAUGCACGUCAAAUUAUUAUGACUAUUUGGUUAGCUUCUGUUGUAGUUUUAAUUCCAUCUGUGAUGACAAUCAAGGAUAAAAUGUCCCUAAAUACUUCAAGAAAAGUAUGGCAUUUUUUAAUCAUACUCUUAAUAGUUUAUCCAUUCAAAAUAGAGGAACUCCUAGUCAAAAUUGCAUUAUCAGGAUCUAUUGUUUUGUUCAUGGUGGUUGAAUAUAUAAGGUACAUGAAAUUUGAACCUAUAGGCAAUUAUUUAGAUAUACAAUUAAGAUCAUUUGCCGAUUAUAGAGAUGAGAAUGGUUCACUAAUUAUAUCGUACUUAUAUUUAAUUAUUGGUGUAUCAACACCAUUAUUAAUAUCUGGUUCGCCGGCUGGAUUAGUUGGUUUGGGUGUCGGGGAUGCUCUCGCUUCUAUAGUCGGUGGUAGAUGGGGAAGAUUAAAAUGGUCAAGUACUAAUAAAACGAUAGAAGGUACCUUGGCUUUCAUUACUAGCACUACUUUAGUGUGUGUUUUCCUGAAGCAAUACUUAGAAUACUAUCAAGAAAUCAGCGUGACAAAUCUGUUCAAUAUGUGUGUCCUUGCGGGGAUAUUAGAAGGUAACAGUGUUCUAAACGAUAAUAUUUUAAUUCCUUCAUUUAUGUUAAUAUUGGAAGAACUUUUCAUAAAUAUAUAA